ACUUUUGCUGCUGUGAAUGGUGUAGGUGAAGAUGGAUGCACUGGAUCACAUGUUAACAGACCCACUAGAGUCUGCAAUGGACCAGGAUGGACGUGUGAUGGAAGAGUGCAUGCUGGGAAACUGCAGAGUUCGAGUUCCUGAAGACCUCCUGGAGGAUCCAGAGAUCUUCUUCUCGGUGUUGAGUGAAAGCACAUGGACAGGUGUUCUCACAGACGCUCAGCGGACACAUCUUCGUCAGCUUCUGCCUCAGUUCCCGGACGAGAACAUUACAGAACAGAACAGCAUCAUCGGGGACCUUUUCAACAACCAAAACUUCUUCUUUGGAAACCCCUUGCACAUUGCCCAGAAGCUCUUCAGAGAUGGUUACUUUAACCCAGAGGUGGUCAAGUACAGACAACUGUGUGCCAAAUCACAGAAAAAAAGGCAAAUCUACUCCCUUCAACAGUAUUAUCACAAGCUACUCAAGCAGAUAUUGGUCUCCAGAAAGGAGCUGCUGGAUUUGGCUGUGCGCAGUGGACCUGAGCUUGCGGUCAAACGCAGAUAUCCUGCUUCUUCUCAUAAAGAGAUGCUGGAGCAGAGGGUGAGACGUCGAGUGGGACACAUACUGAAAGAUGUCAAAACAGAGUGUGGAGAUAGUAAUGUGUCAUCUGAUGAAGAUGCAGAUUCAGCCUCUUGGUUACCUGUUCCUCAGUCGCCCUCCUCUCCAACUCCAACUGUUUCUCUCAGAGUUCUUCCCAGCCUUUCUACUCAGGACAUGAAAACCAGAGACAAGCCUGAGCUGGGUGAGAAGGAACUGAGAGCCAUGCUGCACCGUCACAGAGAGAAAAGAAAACGACAGCCGGAUCACCCUGACCUUAUGACCUCAGACCUUCAUCUUGGUGAUAUCAUGUCACGAGUCAACAUCGGCAGAAAAGGAUCAGUUACGACUGUCUUUGACCUGGCCGUACCUAAAAAGAAGAUAAAGGAGGAGAAGAGGAAGAAAAAGAUACGGCCUAUUAAAAUAGAAUCGGAGGAGGUCUGUGAUGUUCAGAUGUCAGCUCCACCCAUGAACCCAGGCCUCACUGAUGCUCCCGCUGCUCCUCCACAAAGCGUUAAAGAAGAACCCAUCGAUGAGCCACAGACGAGCCCUGACACAGUGGAAGAGAUAGCCAUGAGCUUUUUUCAUUUGCUGGAGGACAUCCUCAGACUGGAAGGUCUAGCAACAUCCUCAACGAUGGAAGAGAAAGUCCAGCAGUGGCAGUCCUCUCCAGCAAGCACACUCAACCCAUGGUUCUCUAUGGCCCCCUGCUGGUCAGAGGUGGUAGUGCCCGCUUUACAGUUUCUAGCUGGAGAGAGCAAAGCUGGUGUAAUGGCUCUGCCCACUGGCUUCAUACCUUUUGUGGAGUUCAAGGAAGUCUCCCAGCAAUGGAAAUGGAUUGGUUCGAGUCAGGAUGGGGAUAAAGAUCUGAGUGCCCUGUGCCAGUUAUGGCUGGAGUCAAAGGAUCAUGUGAUAGUCAAGCAAGAAGGAGAGGAAACUGCAGAACUUACUCCUCCAACACCCAGAGUAUGGACUGACUAUGUGGUGAGGCCUAGUACUGGAGAGGAAAGGCAUGUUUUUCAAGAACAGGAACAGCAGCGUUAUGAUCAGCCUCACAAAGCCUUCACCUACCGAAUGCAUGGCUUUGAGUCUGUGGUGGGACCAGUCAAGGGAGUUUUUGACAAAGAGACGUCACUCAAUAAAGCAAGAGAACAUUCUUUGCUGCGCUCUGACAGACCGGCUUAUGUCACCAUACUGUCUCUUGUUCGAGAUGCUGCCGCCAGACUCCCUAACGGAGAAGGAACUAGAGCUGAGAUUUGUGAAUUACUCAAAGACUCCCAAUUCCUUGCCCCUGAUGUCACAAGCGCUCAGGUGAACACAGUGGUAAGCGGUGCCCUCGACCGCCUACACUACGAGAAAGACCCCUGCGUGAAAUAUGACAUCGGCCGCAAACUAUGGAUCUACCUGCACAGGGACCGAAGCCAAGAGGAGUUUGAGCGAAUACACCAAGCCCAAGCUGCAGCUGCCAAAGCCAAGAAAGCUCUUCAGCAGAAGCCCAAACCAGCACCAAAACCUAAGGCAGGCGGUAAGGAGCCAGGCAGUAAGAACGGUGUUGCUGAGACUGGUCAGAGCACAAGCAGUGAAGGAAUAGCCAUUGCUGCCACCAGCUUGUCUCAAACUCCAUCCACCUCUACACAAAGCACUCCUGGAACCCCUAAAUCACCCCUCCCUCCCACAGCAGCCAUUCCAACUAAAGUAGCCGCUCCAGAGCCUGUCAAAACCAAUCCCAGUGUCCUGUUGGUGUCUCCUCCUACCAUGCCUCAGUUAGGAACCCUGCUCUCUUCUAGUCAGCCCAGUCCACAGGUCUCCCAGCAGGCCUCUCCGCAGUCUGCCACUCGGGUAGUGGCGCACUCAGCUGCCACCGGCUCUCUGCCUCAGGUGCGAGUGGUCACUGCUCAGCCUGGUCUUCAGACGUCUACUGCAGGCCAAGCAGCAACUCUAGUGCACCAGAGCCCUCAUCACAUCAGAGUGCCGGUCACUGUAGCCCAUGGAAAGAACAUCACGCAGGCAGUGGUGUCUCUGCCAUUAAGAAACCAGUCUGCAGGAAGCCCCAUUCAGGUGCAGGCUUCUCGUGGUCAGGCCAGUCUUACUGUUCCAGGUCUUGCCUCUGCGGUCACAGUAACCAAACCUCAGACGAGCUCCCCUGCCAGCCCUGCACACAGCCAAACAGCACCUGCAGUACUGCAGGGAGUCAGCAGCCAGAGUAUAAUCAAACAGGUCGCGAUCACUGGUCAGCUGGGUGUAAAAACCCAGAGCGGAGCAGGAAUCCCUCUCACCGCCACUAACCUACGCAUUCAAGGCAAAGAUGUGCUCCGGCUUCCCCCUUCCUCAAUCACCACAGAUGCCAAAGGUCAAACAGUGCUUCGCAUCACUCCGGACAUGAUGGCCACGCUCACCAAAUCUCCAGUGGCCACAGUCAAACUCACCCCAGACAUGUUGAGCAGCGCCACAAGCUCAGGCAGCAAAAGCAUCUCUGCGACGUUACAUGUGUCUCAACCACAGCCUUCACCACCCACCUCCAACACCACUGCAUCUGAAAACCUGGCAGUCAAAACACCAGCAACCCUAGUGAAGGUUCACCCCGAAUUAAAGACCGCCUGCGACACGGCCAUCCGACUCAUGCCCGCUUUAGCAGUCACUAUGGCUGAUUCAAAGGCCCGCACGUUCUCAACCGUCACCUCGUCUGACUCUAAAGCAGGCACCACCAUUCGGAUAGUGCCAAACCUUGGUGUCAUCCCUCAGAAACAAGGCCAGGCUGUCUCAAUCGGCUCUACAACCACUAGUACGAAGCCUAUCACCGUGUCAUCAGGAGCGGCCACUGUUACCAUCGCUACCAGUGGAGUGGCAGGGGCCAAAGGUGUAACGCUGGGCACCGCUGGCACAGGAUCUACCCUUUCACUGGGCACCGCUGCUGCUACGGUCAGACAAGUGCCAGUCAGUGCUACUGUCGUCACCACACAAACUGGCAAGCUUCCAACGAGGAUCACGGUGCCUCUCUCCGUCCUCAGCCAGCCUUUAAAAAACAAGAGUGUGGUCACCACCCCCAUCCUCAAAGGGAACAUCAGCACCAAUAUCAGCAAUCUUGGCAGGAACAUUAUCUUGACUACAAUGCCUGCGGGCACCAAGUUGAUUGCUGGGAACAAGCCUGUCAGUUUUGUGACGGCUCAGCAGCUUCAGCAGCUCCAGCAGCAGGGACAGGCCACACAGGUUCGAAUCCAGACAGUUCCGGCCCAGCAGUUACAGCGCACAGCUGCCAGCUCUCCCAAAUCUACAGUUUCUACAGUGGUGGUUUCAACAGCACCGUCGCCCAAGACCAACCCAGACCCUCAGUGAGAUAAACCACAGGCAAUUGCUUUUAGCCAUCAUUAAGAGAAAACAUCAGAACAAGCAUGUGCUCAGGUUUCUAAUGAAAGUUACAUACGAGCGGACGCAGUCUCAGCAUUUUCUGUCAUUUUGUUCUCAACUUUUCAGCUGAAUGCUGAAUGCUGCGGGUCAAGAGGAAAAGGAAGGAAGCGAUUUGCUUGCUGAUGUUAUCGUUUAUGAGUCGUACUGCAUAUCAAUCUGAGAUCUUAGUUAAAGUAAAUGGCCUUUCUCUAGAAAAUGCUGACGUACACAGAAGCAGGUUUUGUUUGAUGUUUAUUUGUGCUUUCUGUAUCUUAUCUUCUAAAAAAAAUGUGAUUUAACAAGUACUGUGUUCGGUAGUAAUAUUGCAUUGUGAUAAAUAAAUGAUCGUGAUAAUCAAA